CGGCCGCAUGGAAAACCGGCUUCCCCUCAGGAGGAGAGGGAGGGUGGUGGGAAACUUCUGGAAGGGGAAGGCGAAAGAGCAAAGGGACUAGUUGACCAGUGCAGUGUAAGUGGAAUCAAUAAGUCUUCGCUAAUUCCACUUUCCCUUUCCACUCCUCGUCUUCUCCGGAGUCCGGUCUCCGCUCUCCACCGCCCCGCGAAUAUCCGCUCGUCCCAUGUCCACCUCCGCAGCCGCGCGUUCCUCGGAGUCGCUCUCCAAGUGGACGAUGGAGAAGGCGAUCGGGUCCCACCUCUUCCACGUCGCCGACUACUCGCUGGCCCGGACGAUCGGCGUCGGCAAGUCCAUCUCCUCCGCGGUCUUCGACGUCGGCGGCCUCGACUGGUCCAUCAAAUGCUACCCCGCCGGCGGCACCCCGCAAAAUUCGAACUAUCUGGCGCUUUUCCUCGCGCUCGAAAGCGACGCCAGAAACGUGAAGGCCGCGUUCAGGCUGGCGCUCCUCGACCAGCGCAUGAAGCCGUCGUCCAAAACCCCCGCGCACGACGGCCCGUACACGUUCAAGAACCGCGACUACGCCCUCGGCUACCACCGCUUCGUCGAGAGAGCCUAUCUGGAGGCCUCGCAGUUCCGGAGCACCGAUUGCCUCCUGAGCAACGAUGCCCUCCUAGUCCACUGCACCGUCACCGUGCUCAAGAACCCGCGCCUGCAGUCGCCCGCCAUUCGCCCUGUCGCGGCGCCGCCGUCCGACCUGCACCAGCAUCUCGUCCGGCUCUUGGAGAGCGGAGAGGGGAGCGACGUCACCUUCGAAGUCGGCGGGGCCACUUUCGCCGCGCACCGGUGGUUGCUCGCCGCGCGGUCGCCCGUGUUCAGGGCGGAGCUCUUCGGUCCGAUGAAGGAGAACAGAAUGCGGCGGAUCAAGAUCGACGAUAUGGAGGCUGUGGUGUUCAAGGGCUUGCUUCAUUUCAUCUAUUCGGACUCGCUGCCCCCUCUGAUGGAAGAGCUUGCCAAGGAGUCCGCAGUCCUGAUGGCUCAGCAUCUUCUCGCCGCCGCCGAUCGAUAUGGGCUGGAAAGGCUGAGGCUGAUUUGCGAGAGCAAGUUGUCUCAGCAGGUCGACGCAGGCACGGUGGCGACCACCUUGGCUUUGGCCGAGCAGCACCACUGCCGCAACCUUAAAGCCAUUUGCCUCAAUUUUAUCGACUCUCCUGAAGUGUUCAUUGCCGUCAUGCGAACCGACGGAUUUGAGCACCUGAAAACAAGCUGCCCUGCGCUUCUCGAAAAUCUCCUUAAGAAACUAGGCUGAUAUUCGCAAAAGUGCUCCGCAAUCUAUGUGCAUGUAUACCAAAUGUGUGAGCUUGAAUUCAAAUGCAUCAUCAGAUCUUAAUCUUAGGUGUGCUAUUCUCUGUAUUUAGAGGUUUGAAUAUCUGCAAACUGCAGAUAUGCACAAAAUUAAGAUGUAGUUUGGUCUCUUUUGGCUAAUUUGGUGUGAUUAUCGUGAACGCUGGGUAACAAAAUCUUCAAAAAUGACCAUGUGAGUCUCUUCUCUGUAUUUGCAUGCUGUACGGUAUUAUUCUUGUAUCGCAUAUGGUGAUGAGUUAUUUGCUUUC